AUGUCUACCUACAACGCCGUAACGACAACGUUUUCCAAUGUUGGAUCCUUUAACGAUCAAUCCAACGAUUCCAUCUUUCAAUCUGCCUGCUAUACUAGCUGCCUUACUCAUUCCGAAUUAAGUCUCCUGACUGCCCCUCCCUACAUUCUUACUCUUCCAAUUGACACUCUUUUAAAUCCCAUCCCCAAACAUCGCCGCACUCGUUUCAAGAAAGAUCUUCCUCCUCGUCCUCAGAAUUCAUGGGUUAUCUUUCGCAAAGAUUUCGAAAGUCAGCUACGCGCCCAACAUCCUAAUGCAAUGUACACUCUUCAUGAGAUCUCGGCAAUUGCCGGCGUACACUGGAAAAACCAACCGAGCAAUGUCAAACAGUACUUUCGCGUGCUUGCUAAAUUGGCUCUAUAUCAACAUAAUAUUAUGUAUCCCGACUACACUUACCAACCAAGAAAAUCUAGACAUGCCAGACGUCCUAGAAGGUCUAAAGCCUUGUUCAAAAAUUUGAACAAGGAUGCGUUUAUGGAUCAUAGUAGCAGCAGUAGCGAGAAUGUGUGCGAGGAAAGCAGACGUAGCAUCGAUCAAUACAACCCCGAUUAUGAGAGCGAAUGUGUUUAUCAAGCGAAUGAAUUGGACGUUGAACAGUACCCCGAUUUACUGUUGGAGACCGACGACGGAAGGUUGUACACCAGGGACACUGAUGGUGACUUUAUUAUAAGUGAUGACAAACCCACACACACAUGGUUUGAAAGUGAUUCCGGUGCGACAGGACUAUAUUGUACAUAUUUUAUCCAACAAAAUAUACAGAACAUACAAACCAUACAAAACAUACAAAACAUACAACAAAAUAUAUCUAUCGAUUUAUUUCAUCCAUAUUAUUGA